GAGUACAUUUAUUUUUCCCCUUUCUGUCCUUCCAGUUAAAAACUCAAAGCUAAGACCUUGGUCUUGCUAUUAGUUGGUCAAGCUACUGAACGUUGGUCUGCCAGAGUGAUGGCACUCCCUUUCCGGAAAGACUUGGACAAAUACAGGGAACUUGAUGAAGAUGAAAUUUUGGGCAAGUUGACGGAAGAAGAACUGAAGCAACUGGAAACUGUCCUGGAUGACCUUGAUCCAGAGAAUGCCUUGUUGCCUGCGGGAUUCCGGCAGAAGGACCAGACUUUGAACAAACCCGGUGGGCCUUUUGACCGAGAGAAGCUGCUUUCCUUUUUGGAGAAACAAGCCCUGGAGCAGAAAGACGUCGAGGACGUUGUGCCUUACACGGGAGAAAAGAAAGGAAAAGUUUUCAUCCCCAAACAGAAACCAGUACAAUCUUACACAGAAGAAAAAGUGACGCUUGAUCCAGAACUGGAGGAGGCGCUGACCAGCGCCAGUGACACAGAAUUGUGUGAUCUUGCAGCCAUCUUAGGAAUGCACAACUUGAUAAGCAGCUCUCAGUUUCACGAUAUUGUGGGAAGCAGCAACGGUGUUGGCAAUGAGAGCUUCACAAAUGUAGUUAAAGGUGAAAAGAUAGUCCCACUCUUUGAUGAACCGCCAAAUCCCACCAAUGUGGAAGACUGUUUGCAGAGGGUUAAAAAUAACGAUCCUCGCCUUGUUGAAAUAAACCUGAACAAUAUCAAGAACAUUCCCAUUCCAACCCUAAAAGAAUUUGCCAAAGCCCUGGAAACGAACACCUACGUGAAGAGCUUCAGCCUUGCAGCCACUCGGAGCAAUGACCCCGUUGCCGUUGCUUUUGCAGACAUGUUGCGAGUGAACCAGACUCUGAACAGCCUCAAUGUUGAGUCAAACUUCAUCACCGGCGCAGGCAUUCUGGCCUUAGUAGAGGCAGUGAAAGAGAAUGAAACUUUGACAGAGAUCAAAAUUGAUAACCAGAGGCAGCAGCUCGGGACCCCGGUAGAAAUGGAGAUAGCCAAGAUGCUUGAGGAAAACACCAAGAUCCUUAAGUUUGGGUAUCACUUCAUGCAGCAAGGACCCCGCACCAGAGCAGCAGCCGCGAUUACAAAGAACAACGAUUUAGUUCGCAAGCGAAGAGUGGAAGGUGACCAGCCAUGAACCCUCCUGGCCGUCAGAAGCACAAAAGAGGAGAGAUUCUGGACCUCGGUGAAGGGCGCCCCACUUCCCCUGGGAUUCGGCAACCCCAAGAUUUUUUUCUUACUUGCAUAGAAGGGAAAAGACUGGAAUCAGCGUUCCUCUUUUUGUUCAUAUGGAUGAGCGUGUAAAUAUAUAUAUAAAUAUAUAUAUAUAUAUAUAUAUAUCUUUCUCUCUAUAUAUAUAUUUGAUAAAGUUAUAUUACUAGUGCUGGUGUCCAAUACACGAUGUGAAAAUCUGCCAGCCCCGUCUGUCCCAAGGCUGAUUCCUUUAUGUUUCAGGAGUUGGGACCCAAGGAUAGAUUAAUGCCAACUCUAACAUGGGUGGCACGGAAGCUGCAGAGUCAACAGCUACUGUUUAAGGGGGCAAAUAGUGUCAAUUCCCUGAGAGAAACUAAUCCGAUAGAAAUUAGAUAAGAUAAGCACGGAGGCCUCAAACCCAUGUUUUUGUGUGUGUCAUGGAGGGAAGUUCUUUCGAAAAACAAAGGGAAAUGGUGAUUUCAACUACCAGUGAUACACGUCGGUAAUAUUUCUUUCGUUCCCCCAUUCUGGCCCACUCGAAAUGCUUUUCUGAAGACAGCAAUUAUUUUUUUUGCUGUAAGAAGAUUUAAGGGUGCUUCGGUUGCUGCUUAUUUUCCCUCUUCGUGGUGAGCUCAGUUGACAAAAUUGGUGCUGGGUGCCUUAAACCUUCCCCACCUGGGCAGCUUAUUUCUCUGUGAAUUUGCAGAACAGGGUAUGUCCUCAUUUUGUUCUGUCAUGUCCAGACUGUAUGUAUUUGGAUGCUCUAUCAUGUCCAAACUGUAUGUAUUUAUAGAUUUUUUUUUUUCCUACUUCAUCAGCUUUGCAUUGGGUUCUGCUACUUUGGUAUUUAAAUAUGUGCAUGAGAGAGGCAGAGAGAGAAAGAGAGAGAAAAUAUAUUUGUAUAUAUAAAUUGCAGCAUAUCAAACCCUGGCUGCUAAGCUGUAACUCAAACAUGCUGGUCCAUCAGUGCUUAAUAAGCCCUGUUUGUGGGUUGAAAAUAUCUUGUGACUCAGAUUUCCUACAAAUUUCACACAUUCCAGCCAGCCACAAUCUGAGACACUAUUGCAGCACACCCUGAUGUGUGCCUGCGGCUAGGCUGCUGGGUCAGAGAAAGGUAUCCUUUCUGAAUUCCCACCAUGUCCUGUCACCCCUAGCUGAGCAUUAAUCCAAAGCUUUGUUGGGAAUUCAGAUUUUAAUUUCCCCAAAUGCUUUGGUCAUGUUGUGGCAUCUUAGGACAUUCUCCAUGAUAAAGCACAUUGAUGGCUGUUGGAAAGGAUCUAACGUGGCAAAGCUCUCUUGGAGCCAUCCCAUAAUAGGCAUUAUCUCCACUGAGUAUGCAAGGAGAAUCCUUCAUUUUAAAAUAAUGAUAUGGCACACCCUGGACUCAUUUGCAGCAAAAGGCGAGUUCGGGAUUUUAAAAAUUUAAGGUUUAUUCGAGAACAAGCAUAAUAGGAAGUGCUGCUCUGUAACUCUCGCUUGCUAACCAGCAAAUGCUUACCGUUAUGUCCAAAUCAAGUUUAUGGGAAAGCUAUAAAUUAGGAAUCCCACUGUGUUUCUCGUUCCUAUUUCCGCUUGUCAAAAAAAAAACAAAAACCGUAUAUUUCUUGAACUUACUACAGUUCCAACUUGUUCUUUGGGGACCCCUGGUUCAACUUCAAAUGAUAAAAAAUGUUUUUAAAUGAUAAAAAAAUGUUUGAAAAUGAUAAACGUGUCUUUUUUUAAAAAAUCCUUGCAACAGUUGGAAUUAAAGAGAUGCUUUCACAA